AGGAAAAACAGGCACGCAUGUAUGGUGGAGAACAGAGAGACAGGGUUGAAGAGAUUUGCAGAGGGACAUGUGAAAGAGAUAGGGAAAGAAGAUAAAUAUAUGUACAUCGGCAAAGGAAAGUCAAAGGAAAAGGCCUAAAGGAUCCCUGUUCAACACUGGAUUUACCACAGAAGACCAACAUGUGGGCCACAAAUUUUCACUUAAUUUUGAAGCUGAUAAAGCAACCUGGUGCACCUUGAUCAUGGCCCAAAGCAAAUGGAUGAUUUGACCAUCCCGGCAUACGGUAUAUAGACAUUUUGAACACAAUCAAUUUAUUGUAUCUGCAUUUGAGGAAAACGUGGAGAAACAAACUGAAAGAACUCUAAAAGACAGGUUUUGAUCUUCACUGGGUCACUAUGCAGGAUGACUCACAUGAUUACUUUGAGAUGAACACCAAUAUUCCUGAGGACUUCUCACAUGAAAAAUUGGAUAUAAACCAAAUUGGAACACAGAGUAACAAUGAAGAUACACAGAAAGACAAUAAUUUUUCCCAAAAUGUGACUAAACAACCCAAUGGCAGUGGAUUCAGACAGCCCAACACUGAGCUAGGAAUUACUAAGAAGGAGAAAACGGAAGAACCUCUUCAAGCAUGCAUAUCCUUGAGGACAUCCAAUGCAACCCCAAACAGCCUCAUAUACCCAUCACUUUCUGAAGUCAGUGUGGAAGACAGAAAUAUCAAUAGGGUAGGGAACUCCUUGCAAUGCUGCAGAACUGAUCAUGAUUGUUCAGAAGCAGAGCCAGAGCUCAUGGGAGUCCCUGAGCAUCAGAGUUGGAGAAUUCGGCAUAAUGCAGCCACAGGUGCACGUCGCUGUUACAAAGCAGUGCGGCUAGGAUUUCUGCAGUGCCUGGAGGACACCCCGUUUGUGGUACCAGGCCUGGUAUUGACCAUCUUGUUUUGUGUGACCAUCAUCGUCGUCAUUGCUGCUACUGGCAGACAAUUUGCUGGUCAUGUAGGAGCAUUAGCAGUGGUGAGCGUUGUGCUCUGUCUUUGUGUCCCACUGUUGGUGUGUUUGCCAUGCCUGCCCACCUUGCGCAGGUGUGAACAGAUGCUUGCGCUCUCCAUCUGGUUCACACUAUUCAUCACUGCCAUUGUCUUCAUCUUCACCGACGAAGUCGUCACAGCAUGGGAACAAGUGCCAUUUUUUCUCUUUCUCUCUCUAUCAGUAUACACAAUCUUGCCUCUUACUCUUUGGUGGGCUGUGAUCUUUGGUAUAGGAGCCAGUGUGUGUCACAUUAUCAUCAUCAGUGUCAUUGUGUCUGUCAGCCACCCUAGGCGACGUGACGUGACAGUGCAACUGGUAGCAAAUGCAGUGCUGUUUAUAUGUAUAAAUUGUGUGGGAUUUUUUCAUCUCUGGCUUACUGAGAACGCACGCAGAAAGUCCACCAUGAACCGAGAAACCUUUAGCUACAACCGUUCCAAACGAGCUACACAGAAGCGUGAUCAGGAACACCUCCUCCUGUCUGUGCUACCACGAUACAUUGCCAUGGAGCUCAAAGGGGAGGUUGUCAAAGGACUUUCGAGAACAUUCACAGGCACUGACAAUAAGCCAAACUUCCAUAACUUGUAUGUCAAGCAGCACAAGGACGUCAGCAUUCUGUAUGCAGACAUUGUAGGUUUCACCAGCCUUGCCAGCACCUGCACUCCUGAGGAACUUGUUGUUGUACUUAAUAAACUCUUUGGCAAGUUUGAUGACAUUGCCAAGGAAAAUGAGUGUCUGCGUAUCAAGAUUCUGGGUGACUGCUACUACUGCGUUUCAGGCCUUCCAGAUCCGAUCCCUCACCACGCACGCAACUGUGUACAGAUGGGACUGGAUAUGUGCACUGCCAUAAAUAAGUUGAGGGAGGCGACAGGUGUGGACAUCAGCAUGAGGGUUGGCGUGCACUCAGGAAACGUGCUUUGUGGGGUAAUUGGCUUGCUCAAGUGGCAGUAUGACGUCUGGUCAAAUGACGUAACUCUAGCCAAUCGCAUGGAGUCUGGAGGUGUUCCAGGAAGGGUUCACAUUACAGAAGAGACCCUUGGAAACUUAGGUGGGGCAUACCAAGUUGAGGAGGGGAACGGAUCCAGUCGGGAUUCUGCUUUGGAGGGCAGGAAGACGUACCUAGUGAUUGACCCUUACACACAGAACAACCCUGAUACAAAACCAAAGACCAACAGCCUGCCGAUAAGUGCUCGAUCAAAGCAGAGGGCUUCAGUGAGAAUGUCUCAGUAUCUACAGUCCUGGAAAAGCAUCAACCCCUUUUCAGAGCUCAACCGACCAAAAGACUCAAUCGCUACCCCACUAAACCCAUCAAGUGACCUCAGUCGGUCAGAAGGGGACACAGAAUCAGCAAACCAUCUGCCAAAUACUUACUACCAAGAAAACAGGCAUUCAUUUGUGUCAGAAAUGGGGUCAGUGGAGUCGCUGGACCCACUAGAUGUUUCUGGAUCAAAAAUGAAGAAACUCAACUGGUUGACACUGCUUUUCCGUGAUAUCAAUAUGGAGAAGCAGUACCGGCUGAGUGAGGUAAAGGAUAGCUAUCGGUCUGCAGCCUGUCUGGCGUUAAUCUUCAUUGCCAUAUUUACUGUACAGAUGCUUACGUCACAAAAAAAUGCACCUCUUGCAAUAUCAUAUGGAGUCACCUUUCCUGUCCAAUUGCUGAUACUGCUGGUGAUCAGCAUGGGAUUCCUAAAGCAGUGGAGCUCUAAGAUUCCACCUAGUAUACAAUGGUUGUCAUUAAUGUCUUAUGGAGCAGCCACCAAGGCAGUGCUGAGACUACUCCUGGUCUUCACCUGCCUCUUCAUCACACUACUCAUGGCCAUCUUGAACCUAGAGUUCAUUCCAGGUGAUAACUGCCUAAACUUCACCAACAGUGCCAUCACAUUGGAUAAUCUAAACCUCUAUUCUGUACCGUAUUACCUGUAUUGCUGUUUACUGGCGAUGCUGGGGGUGGUGGUGUUUGUACGAGUGUGUUUUUCUGUUAAACUCUUUCUCCUCACACUUGCACUUGUUGUCUACCUUGCUCUCUUCCUGUACGUGUAUGCACCACGUUCUGACUGCUAUGUACUACAACUCUACAACAAUUCCAACAAACCUGGAGUUCUCAUGGAGCCCAAGAUCAUGUCAGGCAUUUGGCUCUGCAUUUUCUACAUCACUUCUCUAAUACUUGCCCGACAGGACGAGCUGGCCUGUCGAGUGGAGUUUCUUCUACAGAGGUGUUUUGAGAAAGAGCGUGAAGAGAUGGAGAUGACGGAAAAUGUCAACAAGCUCCUCCUCGAAAAUCUGCUUCCUUGUCAUGUUACCAACUUCUUUAUUGGCAAAAGUGUCCCCAACCAGGACUUGUACAGUCAGUCUUGUGAAGCUGUGUGUGUGAUGUUUGCCUCAGUGCCUGAGUUUAAGGAAUUCUACACAGAGAGCAGUGUAAAUGGAGAUGGCUUGGAGUGUCUGAGGUUCCUCAAUGAAAUCAUCACAGAUUUUGAUGAGCUCCUCAGCAAGCCCAAAUUCAAUGUAGUUGAGAAAAUUAAAACUAUUGGCACCACGUACAUGGCUGCUGCUGGACUGACCAAUCCCACCACAGGAGAGGAGCGAAAGGACAAUGAUGCAUGCAAACAUAAUGUGCGGAGUAUGGUGGAUUUUGCCAUGGCUUUGAUGGGAAGACUGGAAAACAUCAAUAGACACUCAUUCAACAACUUCAAACUCAGAAUAGGAAUAAACCAUGGCCCUGUCAUUGCUGGGGUAAUUGGAGCUCAUAAACCUCAGUAUGAUAUCUGGGGCAAUGCUGUGAAUGUUGCCAGUAGAAUGGACAGCACUGGUGUACUGAAUAAAAUACAGGCGACUGAAGAAACUGCGCAGGUGGCUGAGAGCAUAGGCUUCGUGGCGACCAAGAGAGGCAUUGUUAACGUGAAAGGCAAAGGACAGCUUACCACUUACUUCAUCAACACUGAGCCAGUACAGCACCCGUAACUGAUAGCAAGAAUACAGUACACACACUGUACCGUAUGGAUAUCUCUCAAAAACCCAUCUGUGAAGUCUACCUACCUAAUUAUGUGGUUGAUAAUACUGUACUGUAUGUCUGUAUCACCAGUCGUUGAUUUUUUUUUUUUUACUGUAUAGGAAAUGACUGAUAAAUAAGACAUGAAUUUCAGGCAGAAAUGUGCAAGAUUUUGUAUCUUGCAGUAUCUCAUUCAGUCCUCCACUAAAUAUCACUUUACCACAGCGAAGGGAGAAUAAGAAAUUCCUGUACAGUCAAUGCUGCACUUAUAUGUUUACAAGCCCUGUGGCUUAGCACAUUUGCCAAGUGCACUUACCUAAUAUUAUAUUAGAAUAUGGAAUUUUGUCGGAUGUUUUCAUUCAUGCCUUUGUUUAAAAUAUUUAUUUAUAAAAGACUGUUGUAUGUACCUUCCUACAUGCAUUCACUAGUUUUCUAUUCGUUAUUAAAAUUCAUAAAUGUAA